GCUCUAUAAAUAGGUGCAACUAUUGGUUGCUUAAGUGUGAUCCUAUCAUUCCUCACCUGCAUUCAUUCAGAGAAUUCUCUGAAGACUGUUGGAAUCUGAAUACAGGUAGCUAGCUAGAGAGAGUUAUGGAAAAGACAAGGAAGGCCACCUCCCCUAAGAGCUCAAUGACUAGUAGCACAGGGCCCAAGAGCCCAGUAAGGAAUGGAGGUUCUCCUCCUCAUAAGAAGAGCACUUCGGAGUUCCGAGGACGGAAAAAUGAAUCACAAAUCUUGCGAAAGGGUGGUCAAGACUCGAUAACUCUGGAUGAAAGCAAACGCCGUUCUCCAACUUCACAAACAUCGCCCAAGAGAUCAUCACCAAAACACGAGCAACCACUGAGCUACUUCAGGCUUCACACUGAGGAGAGAGCAAUAAAGCGAGCUGGUUUCAACUAUCAGGUUGCAAGCAAGAUAAAUACCAAUGAAAUUAUUCGCAGAUUCGAGGAGAAGUUAUCAAAGGUGAUAGAGGAGCGCGAGAUCAAGAUGAUGAGGAAGGAGAUGGUUCACAAGGCCCAACUCAUGCCAGCGUUUGACAAGCCAUUUCACCCACAAAGGCAAAUUAUUACAUCAACUUAUCAUUAAUCCAGAUAUCAUUGAAGUGAUUAUUUAAGAUAUCAAUUGGUUCACCAAAUCUUAGUACAGAAGUGUAGGCCUCACUCCUGUGUGUAUAACAGAAUAUAUAAUGCAAAUAUUAAUUAUUAUUACUGACAACAUAUAUAUAUAUAUAUAUACAGCCGGGUGAUAAGCGUAGUAAAAACUCUUUUAAAAAAGUACGCAGUAAAAGGAUUGGAGAAGGAUGAAACAAAACUUGAUGAUGAGUUGCUAGCUGGACUUUUGGAAGAUGCAUUACAAAACUUGGAAUGAUGAAUAAACUGUGCAUGAAUGCCUUUUUUGGGAUGCAUUGUACCCGUAGUUGAUAUAUAGAUUUAGGUAGUACAGAUUCAUAUAUCAAUAAUUAGGUACAGCCUAACAAAUUAUUUAAUGAUAUUUAAGGAAAGGAAUAUGGACAUGAAUUAAAUUAAUACUAAUAAACAGUGAGGAUGGUUGGUUUUAAUGAACUAGUAGGUUGUUUAUUAAGUCUAGCUAAAGCCAUCCUUAAAUUACAAAAGCAUUUGCUAAUUAAACAAGCUGGCCGUUUAAAACUAAAUUGGAACCCAUGCAUGUGCAUGCUAAUAAAGCAUAAUCCAACAACCUAAUAAAAACUUAGAACAUACUGUAACUUCAAUCAUAUAUGAUUCUAAAAAAUAAUUAUAACACCAAUUAAUAAUUAUAUCCAUUUGUAUAACAAAUUAAUUAUGUGAUAU